GUUCAAAGUCUAACUUUGUUUUCCUUCAGCUUAAGCAGGACAGUGAAAAGUAGUCUAGAAGUUGGAGUUGUUUGGGAAAUCCGGAAUAGUUGGAAGGCGAAAGAAAGUAAUCAAAAGAUAGUAAAACCUGAGAGGUGGAUAUGAAAGUUGAUGCAACAGCAACAUCAGACUCUAAUCAAUCUUCGCCUGCAGAAGCUGAGGCAGAGGCGCACGCGGGAAGCGGGCACGCGCCGUUCGGCUCUGCCUUCGUCAGCUUCGCCGCAGCUCGUCUGUCUGCCUGUUGUCAUGGAGGAGCCAAGAUGGCGGUCCUGGCCUAUAGCCUAGGCAAACGGGAAAUAAAUCAGUAUUUCAGCAUCAAAAAUGCAAAAUUGCUGUCUGUCGCCGCCGUCGUUCUUCUCACUGUGUUUCACUCGGUUUCUCGACACUAUGGAGGCAGUGACACAUGUGACUGGCUUUUAUCUAGUGGACGUUUUUUAGGGGAUAAUGUAUGGCAGCCGUAUGGCUGUAUGUUACACAAGUACAAAAGCACUGAAGCAAAGUUUUGCCUCAGAGAGAAGAGAAUAGCUUUUGUAGGAGACUCUAGAAUACGUCAGCUCUUCUAUUCUUUCAUCAAAAUGAUGAACCCGGAGGUGAAAGAAGUUGGGAACAAGCAUGAAAACAUCCCCUUUGUAGAUGGUGAUUCCACUGUGAACUUCCUGUGGUAUGCAGAAGUGAACAAUUCCUUGAAGGAGCAGUUGAUGUUAUGGACAGAGGGAUCUGCUUCCAAACCACACGUUGUCAUCAUCGGUGCUGCUACGUGGUCCAUUAAGUUGCACAACGGCAAGAGUGAGGCACUCUUUCAGUACAAAGCAAACCUCACGGCUAUAUCAGACACACUGGAAAAACUAGCUGAGCACAGUGAAGUCUUUUGGGUUCUGCAAGAUCCUGUUUAUGAGGAUGUGCUAAGUGACAGUCGAAAGAUGAUCACAAACGAGCAGAUAAAUCUGUACAACGAGGCGGCGGUUAGCACUCUAAAUACCAGCAAAAAGAAGGUCAAGUUCUUGGAGGCAUCUCGGCAAGCUGCUAUGGAGACCAUUUCCCAGUCGGUGGAUGGCCUGCACCUUCCUGAGAGCACAAGAGAUGUUGGCGCCAUGGUUCUGAUGAACUCCAUGUGCAACAAAAUCCUGAAGCCCAUUGAUGGCUCAUGCUGUCAGAGUGCUCCUCCACUAAGCGUCCUUCAGAAGCUAGCUACUGGUCUCUUCCUGGUGUGCAUCAUCUGCUUUCUCCUCCUGGGCUUUAGCAGACAUCAUAAGAGCAGGCCCAUUCCUGAUGUGGAAAGCGGAGAAGAGAAGAAACCCCCCGUUGUUAUGGGUCAACUCAACCCAAAGGGACCGCUACUGGCCAUUUGCAAAAUGAGCCUUAUCAUGUUGUACUUCUACCUGUGUGACAGGGCAGACAUUUUUAUGAAGGAACAGAAAUUCUACACACAUUCUACCUUUUUCAUCCCUCUUAUCUACAUCUUCGUUCUGGGCAUCUUCUACAAUGAGAACAGUAAAGAGACAAAACUCCUGAACAGAGAGCAAACAGAUGAAUGGAAGGGCUGGAUGCAGCUGGUUAUCCUUAUUUAUCACAUUUCUGGAGCUAGCGCUUUCAUACCUGUGUACAUGCAUGUCCGUGUCCUGGUAGCUGCGUAUCUCUUCCAAACAGGAUAUGGACACUUCUCAUUCUUCUGGCUAAAGGGAGACUUUGGACUUUACAGAGUGUGUCAGGUUCUCUUCAGGCUUAACUUCCUUGUGGUGGUGCUGUGUCUGGUUAUGGACAGGCCUUAUCAGUUCUAUUACUUUGUGCCUCUUGUCACCUUUUGGUUUGCAGUUAUUUAUGCCACAAUGGCUUUGUGGCCACAGAUUCUUCAGAAGCAAGCCAAUGGUAGUGCAUUCUGGAAUCUGGCACUCUUGUUGAAACUUCUGGUUUUGCUGCUUUUCAUCUGCUUCUUUGCGUACUCACAAGAACUCUUUGAGAGUGUUUUCUCUGUUUGGCCUGUUUCAAAGCUCUUUGAGCUGCAAGGCAGCAUCCAUGAGUGGUGGUUCAGGUGGAAACUUGAUCGAUUUGCUGUGAUCAAUGGGAUGCUCUUUGCCUUCAUAUACCUGCUGCUUCAGAAAUGUCAGCUGCUCUCUGAAGGCAAAGGAGAGCCUCUCUUCUCCAACAAGAUUUCUAACUGUCUACUCUUCGUCUCUGUGGUUUCUUUUAUUACGUACUCCAUUUGGGCCAGUGGGUGCAAAAACAAGUCUGAGUGUAAUGAGAUGCAUCCGUAUAUUUCUGUUGUCCAGAUUCUGGCUUUCAUUUUGAUCCGGAAUAUUCCUGGUUACGCUCGCUCUUUGUACAGUUCAUUCUUUGCCUGGUUUGGAAAGAUCUCCCUAGAGCUCUUCAUAUGCCAGUAUCAUAUUUGGCUGGCAGCGGACACCAAGGGCAUCCUGGUCCUCAUUCCAGGAAACCCCACUUUAAACAUUAUCGUCAGCACAUUCAUCUUCGUCUGUGUAGCUCAUGAGAUCUCCCAGAUCACCAAUGACUUGGCCCAGGUGGCCAUUCCUAAAGAGAGCGGGCCUCUACUGAAGAGACUGCUGGGGGCAGGAGUCUUUCUAGUGUUGGUACUGAUACUGUCCCAAAACGACUAAUUCAGGGCAAUCGGCGACAGUAGCACACCUCAUCCGGUGAGGAUUCUAAUGGAUCUGUGUGUAUAAAACAAAUAAACUCCACCAGCCUAGAACGUUUUUUUCUAGGAGUCGAUCCAGCGAAUUCUUUCGGCACUGGUCUGUAUACAAAACUCUAGCUGGAACAGAGGCCAAGGACCGUAGAGCAACGGUGACUGAGAUGAUCAAAUAAGGAUUCUUAAGCAGGAUGUUUGCAGUAGACAAAUAACGCAGACUGUGUGCAGAUAAGUCGAGAACACUUGUGCUCCGUCCGCUUUUCUCUUAUAGCUUUGAGGUGUUUUAUGGACAGUAUUUAAUAAUUUAUGUUUAUAUUUUAUACUGUGGGUCUGUGUUUGUGUCUCUUCAUAGUUUCUCCUGUUCUGUUUUAUACAUGAUGCCCAUGACUGCAAAAUGUGAAGGAGUAACACAUUCCUUGUAAAACUGAUUGGCUCGUGUUUCUUUACAAACAAUCAAUUCAUAUCACACCACCAGCAGUGUUAUCCUUCAGGUGAACAAACAUCAAACUUUAGAUUAUUGAAACAUGAAAAUCCAUUUAUUGCUGUUAUAAAAAGAACUCAAACAAUGGAGAAUUUGUUAAUAGAUACUUUACAUAUGGAAAAUAGGGUGGUGCCACUACUAAGGGAAUCCAUGAGCACAUUCUGCUUCUAUCAGAAUGUUUUAAUUUGCUGGAGGAACAGCAUUUGAACUAUCAAGACAAAAUCAUGUGCUUUGAUCAGACACGUUCAGAACACGACGCCCUCUUUCAUUUGCACUUAGCGGGGCGUCUUCCCUGCAAACUUUAAAGCAUGUGAGCCAGUAACUUGUUUGGUUUUCUUACCUCAUGGGUUUACACAGUUCAUAAGAAUUCAGCUUAAUGUUAGAGCCAGUUUUGUCUACGAUCAGUGACCUCAUUAUUUAUUGUUUAAUGUGCGUCUUCAUGUCCUCUCCAACUGCUUGAAUUGCAGCAACUGAAGCCUGAUGUUCAUGUUUAACUUGAUUUUUUUUUUUUUUUAAAUAUAUUAUAUGUAAAAGAGUUACAUUUAAUUAUCAGUUUACUGAUAAUGCUGUAAAUAGAUCCUUCAUUAUGUGCCAUUGAGACAAAAGGUGUUAGGCUGCGUUCAGCCUAAUUUCCAUAGUGGCACUUCGUUCUAGUUACAAAUACUGACAAUUUUGGCUGAAAAGUUGAAUUUACUAUGAAGCUAUUACAUUUUUAAUUCUACUUUUCAUAGCAGUUCAAUAUAUGUGAAUUUAAAAGCAGCUGCAAGGUAUAUUAAUUUUUUUCCAUCAGUAAAAAUGUUUUUUUUUUUCCUAAGCAAAGCAAAAUUUGUACAGAGCGCCAUCAAGUGGCACGUUCAAGCAACUGACUGUAAAUGUUUUUUUGUCUUUUUCACCUUGUUCAUAAAACAAAUUAUUUGUAUAGUUCGCUAUAAGUUUUAUUUAAAGAAACCCCAAAGGCCUCAAAGGAAAUGUUUUUGUGUAUGUACAAUACAUUUUUCCUAAAAUGUGAAAAUAUUCAUUUAAUUCGGAAAUGCCUUCAUCUUAUUGUACAGUCAAUGUUGAUAAAUUCCUUCUCAAAAACA